UAUCGCUGUUCUAGGUUCUUGUCUUCCGAUGCAAAUGCAUCGUGUGUGUUUUUAAAACUGCUUUUUAUUAAAUCUUAGAGGCACAGGUAUGUUGGCCGGUUACAGCAAAAAACUAAAAGGAAUGCCCUGUACAAAACAUAUUUGCUAUUUCUUAUUAUUAGCCCACGAAAGCUUAUGCUUCAGAUAGAUCUGUUGUUCAAGGUGCCAAAAAAAGUUUGCUGGGUGUGUGCUUUUUUCCUAAAUUAUUUUUUUUCCAAGCAAAUGUGUUUUAUCUACUUCACUCUGCUGAAAUCAACCUGACGUUUUCACAGCGUUUCACAUCAUGCAUCCGUCAUCGACCCAGCCAUUUUUACUCCCGGCGGAUCUCCGUUACAAACUCGACGUCGGAAGCGCCCACAAAUAUCCAUCGCUUUUUACAGGCCACCUUUUAGGACCCGGAGGCUUUUAUUAUUACUCGCAACAACCGCUAACCAGGAUUAUAAUCGCCCUUUGUAACCCCGAGUUUGUACUUGAAAGGGUAGCCAAACGUGCUUUACAUCUUCGCCGUGACCUUUUAAAAGGCGUCGUUAGAUUGCCAUGCGGUUCUAACGCGCAGUUAAUCCGGGGAAUAACUAUUUUAAGGCGCGACUGCAAAUUCUUUUAACCUGCAUACGCAUAAUUAUAAAACCGAGUUCAAUGGGGCUUCAUCCCAACCUAAAAGCUCCUCCCUUCAUAACCCACCACCCUUCCUCAGUUUCGUCUCUGCAGCUUCCUAUACCCGCCGCCCUUGCACAUGAACUUGUAAACAUCAGCCGCCAAAUUGUUUGUGAUCUUCCAUCGCUUCUCCUUGUUCCAUGUGGCUUACACUAAAAAACGGUGCAUUGAUAUCUGUGCUCAUUGCUGUUCUGUUUCCUGGAAGAGGGGAAAGGGGGCUUGUUUGUAUUCUCGUUGUUUGGCCAUAAUGGGGCCAGAGUGUGCGAAUGAACACAAAUGCAGGGGAGGCCCGCCAUUUUAAUCUUUUUUAAAAAAGAAAAAAUAAACCAUGCGGACAGACAGACACUUGCUAACGAUGUAUCUCUGAGUCUACCGCGCUCUCGGUUUGAGGUCAUUUCCGCUGCGUUUGAGCGCGAAAAAGUUGUUUGGCUGCUGCGGCAGGAGGAGGAGGAGCUGCUGCUGCUGCUGCUACGAUUGCUGCACGGAUGGAAGAGCGGGUCUCGGUGGAACAUGGCAGCGGUCAUCCAAGAGACUUGUACACGUAAAACUUCUGGUUCAACUUCCGAUGUCAGUGAAAGACUGUCUUACCUACCUGAAAACUUAAAAGACAAACUUCUUUCAUUUCAGAAGAAAGGAAUUGUGUUUGCAUUGGAAAGAGGUGGCAGGUGUAUGAUUGCAGAUGAGAUGGGCUUGGGGAAGACGAUUCAAGCAAUAGCUAUAACAUACUACUACAAAAAUGAAUGGCCUCUGUUAAUAGUGGUACCCUCCUCUCUGAGGUACCCUUGGGUUGAUGAGAUGGAGAAAUGGAUCCCAGAACUUUCUCCAGAGGAUAUCGUCGUUAUUCAGAAUAAAACUGACACCUGGAGAAUACCUACAAGCAAAGUCACUGUUCUGGGUUAUGGCUUGCUAACUUCAGAUGCAAAGACUUUAACAGAAGCUCUGUACAAACAGAAUUUCAAAGUGGUGGUAGUUGACGAAUCACACUACAUGAAAUCCAGAAAUGCAUCUCGCAGCAACAUUUUGUUACCUAUUGUACAGAAUGCCACUCGGGCCAUUCUCCUCACUGGAACUCCUGCGUUGGGAAGACCUGAAGAGCUUUUCAUGCAACUUGAAGCGAUUUGCCCACGAAAAUUUGGCACAUGGACUGAAUAUGCAAAAAAGUAUUGCGACGCACAUUUCAGAUUCUUUGGUAAAAGACGACAGUGGGACUGCAGAGGAGCUUCAAAUUUAGAUGAACUGCACCAUUUGCUAAGUGAUAUAAUGAUUAGGCGUCUGAAAAAUGAAGUUUUAACUCAGUUGCCACCUAAAAUCAGACAACGGAUUUCUUUUGAUCUUCCCCAAACUGCUUCUAAGGAAUUAAAUGCUAGCUUUGAAGAGUGGGAGAAAUUAAUGAGAGCUUCAAAUUUAGAUUCUGCGGAAAGUGACUUUUUCCAGGUGAUGAGCCUAAUUACAAGCAUGUUCAAGCAGACUGCCAUUGCCAAGGCAGGAGCAGUACAGGAUUACAUCAAAAUGCUGCUUCAGAAUGACAAACUGAAGUUUCUAGUCUUUGCUCAUCACUUAAGCAUGCUUCAGGCAUGUACAGAGGCAGUGAUAGAAAGCAAGGCUCGAUAUAUUCGAAUAGAUGGAAGCGUACCUUCAGCAGAAAGAAUCAGCCUUGUCAAUCAAUUUCAGAAGGACCCAGAUACUAGGGUGGCCAUUUUGAGCAUUCUGGCUGCUGGCCAGGGAUUAACCUUUACUGCUGCCACUCAUGUGGUUUUUGCUGAACUAUACUGGGACCCUGGACACAUAAAGCAAGCCGAAGACAGGGCGCAUCGGAUUGGACAGUGCAGUUCUGUGAAUAUCCAUUACCUUAUCGCAAAUGGGACGCUGGACCCUCUUAUGUGGGGAAUGUUGAAUCGCAAGGUCAAUGUUACUGGGACCGCACUAAAUGGCAAGAAAGAAAAACUGCAGGCGCAAGAAGGUGACAAAGAGAAGUGGAAUUUCUUGAAUUUUGCUGAAGCAUGGAUCCCAAAUGAAAACCUAAACGAGAUAAAGAAUGAAGUUUUAUUCACUCACUUUGAAAAGGAAAAGCAGCAUGAUAUUCGUGCCUUCCUUUCACCAAAACCAAAUGCUGAAAAAAAGCGAAAAACUCCGUCUUGCGAUAAGGCUUCAGACUUCAGUCCAGCUUCUUCUCAAGCCUCCACUGAGAAGGACCAGGCAAAUGGUGGUUCUUUGGACUCUGAGAAACUUGUUGAGAAGGAUUUGCUUUGUAGAGAAGCAAAGAGACCAAGAGCUUUACCGCCAUCGACUCCAAAGAGCUCUCCUGAGAAAAAGAGGAACUCUUCAUUUGGAAAAACAAACCUUCCCGUUACAGAAGAAACCACACAAGAAGGUUUUGGCACACCGUUACCGAAUUCAAGCAAAGGAUGCCCUUCUGAGGCAACCUGGCGCUGCAGCCUCUGCACUUUCAGUAAUAAUUCACUGCUGCCUUAUUGUGAAAUGUGUGAAUCUCCUCGGAGAAAGAACAGUAUAAAGAACGAAAGCCAGAUCAGCAAUUCUGUUUCUCCGGGGAUUGGGGAAGAAAGCGCAGCCCGAGAGAUUAUAAACCUUAAUGAUGCAGGAGGAACAGCCCAUAAAAGUUGCCGGAGAAAUAUCCUAGAGCAACCACUGACUGGGAUGUCCAGUGGAACGAAGGAAGACAUAAAUGAGCAAUCUAACUGUUGUGAACAAGAGCUCAGAGUGGAGCAUACAGAAGACUCGGAAUCAUUCCCAGCAUAUUCUAGCCUGAGGUUCUGUGCAAGUAGGAACACAGACAGAAUUCACGUCUACACAGUGGAUGGGGAGCCCCUGAAUUGUAACUUCAUUCCGCUGGAUAUAAAAUUGGAUAACUGGGAAGAUUUACCAGCAUGCUUUCUGCAAAAACAGAACCGUUCAUUGAUACUGAGGUUUGUAAGAGAAUGGAGUGGUCUAACAGCCAUGAAGCAGAGAAUUAUCAGGAAAAGUGGCCAGCUAUUUUCUAGCCCCAUUCUUGCUGCUGAAGAGCUGUUGUCAAAACAACAAGCCAAGCUCAGCAGUACCAAACGGUACAUAACAAAAGAGGAUGUAGCAAAAGCUUCACUAAAGAAGGCUGACAGUACUGGGGGCAGUGUUCGUAUAGUUACUAAAAAAACCCCAGUUGCCUUAAAUGCCCACACUGCCUCUGCUGGGGAAAAGGACAGCAAUUCUACAAAGUUGGCUUCAGAAGAUGGGAACUGCCCAGCCCUCAUAUCAGGCUCUAGUCAGGCUGAUUCUGUUGAGGAGCCCACCUUAGGCAAAGGCUACUUGCAAGCUGUAGAUAAUGAAGGAAAUCCACUUUGUCUUAGCUGCCAAAUGCCAGCAGUCCAGAUUGAGCAGAAGUCCACCUCAACUGCCUGUGACACACGGUUUUGUUCUCAUAAGUGUCAUGAUAACUUCUUAUUUCGCACUAGCCAAAGCUACUUGAGAACUAAAGUAUUUGAGAUAGAACAUGGGGUUUGUCAGAAGUGUUGUCUGAAUGCCCAGGAACUCUACCUUUGUGUCAGAGAUGCCCCAAAGAAUCACCGUAAAAAUCUUCUGGAGAGCUCCUGGAUGUCCAAGCUUCCUUUAGCUCAGUUAAAUGAAAUUAUACAGAACCCAACUGAAGGUCAGUUCUGGCAAGUGGAUCAUAUAAAGCCAGUUUAUGGUGGAGGAGGACAGUGUUCCCUGGAAAAUCUUCAAACAUUGUGUACGGUUUGCCACAAGGAGAGAACAGCAAAGCAAGCCAAGGAAAGAAGUCAAAUGAAAAGAAAAUCUAUAGCUUUAAAGUAUGGAUCUGAUAUUACCAAUUUUUUUGUGAAAUUAUGAAGCUCAAAUAAUUCAGAUGUGUAGCUUAUGUGUAGUUCAUCAAACUGAUUAAUCAUGCACCUUAAUAAACUAAUGGGUUGACUUUUAGUGGGAUUGUCCUAAACCAAUCACCUAGCUUUUUCUAAGGCUAGAUACUGGAGUUAUCAUGGCAGAUAAAUGUUGAGAAAGGCAACAUUAUACAUGCAGACGCAUCUCUACCUACAUCUUUGGCAUUUUAAAGUUUUGUACUUUCUUAGUUCAAGGUUUGGAACGUAAAAUUGCAUUUGACAGUGAUAGACCAAUAAAAAUUAAAUGAUUGUUCCCCAAA